ACUCGUUCUCCAACUACAACUGACUGUACACAAAUACCAUAGAUAAAAGACUAGUUAAUGGUUUAGAGGGAUACUACGCUGGACAUAAAAAGAAGAAAAUAUAAACCGUCAGUCCAAAAUGGCAACGAUUCAUAUAAAUAGCGGGAAAAAUAAUUUAGAUUGUAAUAAAAAAACUAGUAAUGUUCAAAGUUUACCAUUUAAAAUUCAUGCAGAUUGUGAUGCCAAAGUUGAAAGAUAUUUCAAUAGUAAUAUCAGCACCAAAAAGUAUGGAACCUUGCAUGCUUCCUUUAGAGGAUACCCUUUAUCUGGAAAAAUAAUAGAUCUACCAGAUGGAUAUGUCGGAAUUGUUUUACACGAAAGUCUACGACCCGAAACUGACAAAUGUGAAAGGAAAUUUCAUGUUACCAAUAAGUUUUUAAAAAUCACGCAUUGGAAUUGGGAUAAAGAGCCUAGCGAUAAUGAUAUUAUAACUCAAGCACUUCAAUGGGUUGAUAUAGCAGAAGUUCUACACAGCCCAAUAAUAGAAGAAUGAAAGGAAGAUGGAUCAAAACUAGCUGUUUUGAUUCAAUUUCGGAUUCAAAUGUGCCUUAGAAAUGUAAAUUUUUUUAGAUAAUCUAGUUUAAAAAAGGUCAAAAAUGUAAAAUAAACAAUAAACCAAAUAUAAAAAGUA